AAAUCAUCUGGGAGCGACCGAUUGCACUGAUGUUUAUUUAAAGUAAGUACUUAGGAUUUAUCAAACAAAGCUAAACCGCAGAGCAAAGUGAAGAUAACCUGUGUGUGAAGACGUUUUGCAAGUAGCUAAGAUGACUGCCAUGACAAUUCAAUGAGAGGAGAGGACGCCAAGUGAAGUAUCCCCCGCUCGCUGGAAAGGAGAGAAGGAGUGCUCAAGGUAAAGAGAGGAGAGGGAGAAGAAGAAGAAGAAGAAGAAGAGGGAGAAAGAAGGGAUAAGACGAGAGGGAGAGGCAGAGGGAAGAGGGGAGAGAAAGCGAAGAAUAAACAGUGGAUGGAGGCAGCUCGGACCGGGGCUACGGAGCGCUCUUCACCGACGAAGAAGAAGAAGAACAGCAGCAGCGGGGGGGAGGAGAGAUGGAGGCGAAAGGCAGAAACAUACCCUCAGACAUCAGUUUCCUUCCCCGCCCAGCGCUGGUGUGGUGUGAGCGGGGCAUCCAGGUUCUGCUGACCACCAUGGGGGCGUUUGCGGCCUUUGCCCUGAUGACAGUGGCCAUUGGUACAGACUACUGGCUGUAUGCCCGCGCCUUCAUCUGCAACAGCACGGCCAACUCUUCCCAGGAUGAGUCCAACAAUAAAGACAAGAAGGACCCUGGGGCACUCACCCACUCUGGCCUCUGGAGGAUCUGCUGCCUGGAAGGCUUGAAGCGAGGUGUGUGUUCCCAGAUCAAUCAUUUCCCAGACGACGCAGACUACGACCAAGAUGCUGCAGAGUAUCUGCUGCGUGUGGUGCGAGCCUCCAGCAUCUUCCCCAUCCUUAGCGCCAUACUGCUCCUGCUGGGUGGAGUGUGUGUCGCUUCCAGCGGCUUCUACAAGAGCAAAAGGAACAUCAUUCUUGGUGGAGGGAUUCUAUUUGUAGCUGCAGGCCUCAGCAACAUCAUUGGAGUGAUUGUGUACAUCUCGGCAGCACUGAGCGACAUCUCCCCCAAGAAAGAUGAGGACAAGAAGUGGCAUUACUCUUACGGCUGGUCCUUCUACUUUGGCGGCCUGUCCUUCAUCCUGGCCGAGAUGGUGGGUGUCCUCGCUGUCAACAUCUACAUAGAGAAGAACAAGGAGCUGCGCUGCCGCUCACGCACCGACCUCUUCAAGAGCACCACACACGCCAUGCUGCGGCUGCCCAGCUACCGCUUCAGACGGCGUUCUCGUUCCAGCUCACGCUCAACCGACCCGCCACGCUCACAGGAGACCUCGCCCAUCGGCACCUCCAAGACCUUCAGCCUGCCGCCCUCUGCCCCACCCUUUUCUGUGGCCACUCUGCCCAACCCACACCACACCAGCAGCGGUGGAAGUGGAGGAGGUGGUGACAUCUCCAUGUACACCCUGUCGAGGGACUCCAAGCUGGGGAGCCUGGGAGGAGGCGCCCCACCUCUCUACGGCACUGUGGACCGCGCUACCUUGUACCAGCUUCACAACUACUUCCCUAAAGAUUCCAGCGGCAGUGGAGGAGGAGGAGGAUCAGGAUCAGGAGGAGGAGGAGCCGUGAUAAGCAGUGGCACACUCCCAUCUCACUCCAAGUCCAACUUGGCAGCAGCAGCGGCUGUCGCCCAGAACGCAGCACCGCUGAAUACCUCCACAUCAGCCGCCUCAACGGCUCAGACGGCUCCGAUAUCCACAGCCACCAUGGAGAGGGACAGGGGCAACAUGGGAACCCUGGACCGACUGACAGCCAAAAGGGACAGGGAUAGCAACUCAGAUACACUUAACAGGAAAACUACGCCAGUUUAAAACUAAACCUCGGAUAAGAGAAAGAGAUGAAAGAAAUGAAAGAGAUGUUAGAGAUAUCUGAGUUGACAGAGAGGAAGAGUAGGGCUGAAAAUGUGUGGGUGAUACUUCAGCGGUAAUGUUUCUGUCCUUGAGCCUGGGGUAUCUAGCUGCCAUAAUUACUUACCAGUAUCAUUAACAGUCAUAGAGCACCUGAUAUGAUGUGCAAAUUCAUGACAACUGCCUUAAAAUGGUCAUGACUUUAGCGUCAAAGCCUUGUUUGUAAGUUAAUUAUACAGCAGUGGUGCAGUGGAGGCCUCAGUACAAAGAAAAGGUUUUGUCAUUGUUGUACAAAAUUACACACACAACUGGGGGCUUCCCAGUACAACCAGUCUCCUGGUGCAGUAGUUGGGGGUUAAGUGCCUUGCUGAGGAGGCAGGAGAGCUCAGUAGUUACUCACUCUCCCCCUCUACAUUCUGUCAGCUGCUGUGGGUGUUUAAACCACAACUUCACUUUAACAAGAAAAAUGUUAAAAGAAUACCUCACCCCCUAAAUGAUCAUUUGUAUAUCAU